CGCGGCUCGGCGCGCUAGAGUGCAGUAAUGUCGCGUCUCAGAGCCAACUAUUUUAGUCCGAAUUGAUUGCGGUGGCCCGUCCGUCCCUAGUCUAGUGUUUUUACACUCCUCGUCCCGACACCGCUACGCAGGCGGCCCGUUUUGAUGCUAGUGAGUUGAGGGGUGUUUAACACCACUCAAAAAAACCGCCAAAAUUCCGCGUUCAAUAUAUAAUUUCAGUGACAGUGACAGUGAGAUGAGCUACAAAGAUCGCGGCUCACCCAUACUGUUAGAAAGUGGUUUAAAAUCGUUUUUAGGACACCCCGGCCAUAAUUUUCCACUUAUAAACGCAGCAGUCUCGGACUGUUUUCAAAAACCCUCAGAAAUUUUCGACCUUUUAAGUUAUUGCACAAAAAGUGAAGAUAAAGGAAACAGUAAACCGGCUCAUCCGCAUAGUCAUGGCCACUCAACCAUCAAGGAUUUAGCUGGGAGCAUACUAGGAGACGACAAGAGUAAAGAUGAUGGAGAACUGUGGAAUACAGUUGAGGCACAAACAGCUUUCCUCGGACCAAACCUUUGGGACAAGACUUACGAAACUGACCUUAAGUAUGUGGACCUGGAUGAGUUCUUAUCGGAAAACGGUGUAUCGAUGGACGGGUUGGGGUCACACGGAUCCCUGGGUAACCUGGGUAGUUCCCAAGCUCUGCCAAAAAGAGAAAGAUCUCCUAGUCCGAGCGACUGUAUGAGUCCGGACACCAUGAACCCCCCAUCACCUGCCGACUCAAUUUUUUCUGAAGCGUUAUCUAUGGCUUCGAGUUGUCGAGACUUCGAUCCACGGAAGAGAGCAUUUUCAGAUGAGGAGCUCAAGCCGCAACCCUUAAUCAAAAAAUCCCGAAAACAGUUCGUCCCCGACGACCUUAAAGACGACAAGUACUGGGCGAGACGUAGGAAGAACAACCUAGCGGCCAAAAGAUCAAGGGAUGCCCGUCGGAUGAAGGAAAACCAGAUUGCCCUCAGAGCUGGAUACCUUGAAAAGGAGAACGUUGGUCUUCGCCAAGAAUUAGAACGACUGAAAAAAGAAAACCUAAUAUUACAAAACAAAUUGGCGAAGUACGAAGAUGUGUAAUUCGCUGAAGGAGCCGACCUCUUCUUACUUUUCACACACAAAACAGCCGCUCACUAAUCACUCAUUGAACAACUCGAAAACAAUUCAGUGAAUAAAAAGUGUUCCUUCAGGAUGCAACCAAACAUUUGUAUAUAAACAUACACAUUAUGUAGUCAUCAUGUAGUGUUAAGUUUAUUACAUUGUAGUAGAAGAAAAAAUUACGUACAUAUUUUUGUUUUGAUUUAUUUGGUCACGAGGUACUUGGAAACGUAGCAAAAUUUAAUGUUAAACUUAUUCCCAAACUUGUUAAACGUUGUUUGUGAUAUUUCUUGUUGCCUAGACACUAAAAGAAAAUUCAAUUUCAGUUGGUCGCUUGACAUUCUAUAUUAGAAUUGACCUAAUAAAUCCGAGUGUGGAGUUUCCCAAGUAUUUUUUGGCCAAAAUCUACAGAAAAAGGGACUGCCAAAAAAGUGGGCAGUUUGACCUCUGUUAUACCUUGUAGACUAAUUAUUUGUUGAUUGUUUUUAUGUUUAUAUAGUCUAUUUUUGGUUGAAGUUAAUUUAGUGGUAUUUUUAAGCAACUUAGUAAAAAUCGUAGUGUGCUCACAAGUUUACAGGAAUAGGCAAAGAGAAAGCACUUGUGUGCUUUUAAAUGUGCUAUACUAAAACAUAACUUUGUUUUAAAUUUAGAUUUCAGUUUACUUAAAAGUCUAAUUUCUUGAAAUAAUAGAUUUCUUAUAUUUAUUUUAAA